AAUCUACUUGGGAAAUGAUUUUCUUCAGAAUCUUGGUUGUGACAAUAACCGCCGCACAAUCAAUAGCUCAGUCGGAAUUGAAAUGACUAGGGUUCAAUAUCAACAUGCAGAUGAUCUGCUGUCUGACAGCUAGCAGGGGUCUGUCAUCUGCAGCGGUAGAAUCCUUCAGCAGUAAGCACAUUGGUAGUACUCUAUUUCAGACUGCUUUGGUAUGGGAAACACGAAUCGAUUCUCUACAAAGCUUUAUAGGUAUAUGGUCAAUACUUCGAGUUGGGCGAGCCAUACAUGAGUCAUAUGUUUCGCUAAUAAUGUACAGCUUCCCAUGGUCAUUGUCUAGAGAGCAGAGGGGACACUUGCUACCAACGAUGAAGGGUUACUUCACUAUGAGCAUUGAUGCCUAUGACUCAAUUGCUCAGAUCCCCGAUCCUUACGACCAGAAUAUCAUCAUUGAACCCUCUACUGCAUCUCUAGAAUGAUGGUAUUAAUUUCCUGAGCGGAACAACUCAGCAGCUAUUCCAUUCCAAAUUUCUAAAUCUCCUGACUCGAAUCAGCAUUCGUCAGAUAUAUCGGAUAUAAAAGUGACACAUUCAACCUAAACCCAUCGCUACUAUCUGAACUAGACACCAGUCAGGCAAAUUAUUCAAUAUCAUCAACAUUAGCUCUUCGAUAUCUACAUUGCAUCUAUACAUAUA